AUGUCAUCGUCGCCAAACAACACAGCCGACGCCAACGGCAAUGGCGACGAGAAACCUCGUCUUACCGAGGAGGAGAAGAAGCAGAACCACAUUGCCUCUGAGCAAAAGCGCAGACAGGCCAUUCGCGAAGGCUUCGACCGACUGACCGAGCUGGUGCCCGGCCUCGAAGGACAGGGUCGAUCCGAAGGCCUCGUGCUGAAGAAGACGGUCGAGUACAUGCGUCAGCAGCUGGACGAGCGCCAGUCCAUGAUUGAGCGCGUCGAGCAGACGGGCGGCGCCGUGGACCCCGAGCUCAAGUCGUCGGCCUUUGCCCAUCCCCACAAUCGCGGCCGAGCCGAAAGAUGA